AUGAAUGACACAGCCCCUAUAGUACGAUCACGGCAUGAACAUUUUCUCAACAAGUAUGCUGAACUUAUGAAGAGAAAAGGCCUUCUUCCCGAAAUUUUUUUGGUUCACCAAACGCCCAGUUCCCAGUAUGUCGAUGAAGACGGUGAUGUCGCUCAUGAAUUUUACGCCGAGCAUCAGUCUCAAGACGGUCAAAUGAGGCGGCUACAAAGAGUAGUGAAUAAUUUGCGUCCAAAGGGUUAUGAGCGGUAUGCGAUCCCUCGACUUAGUCCAGAUGUGCCCGUUGUAAUGUGGGAGAUGGAAAAGCAGUGA